AUGGCCCCCGAGAUGGACCAGUUCUACAGAUCCACCAUGGCCAUCUACAAGAGCAUCCUGGAGCAGUUCAACCCCGCCCUGGAGAACCUGGUGUACCUGGGGAACAACUACCUCCGGGCCUUCCGCGCUCUGUCCGAGGCGGCCGAGGUGUACUUCAAGGCCAUCCAGAAGAUUGGGGAGCAGGCCCUGCAGAGUUCCACCUCGCAGGUUCUGGGUGAGAUCUUGGUGCAGAUGUCCGACACCCAGCGGCACUUGAAUUCUGACCUCGAGGUGGUGGUGCAGACAUUCCAUGGAGACCUGCUGCAGCACAUGGAGAAGAACACCAAGCUGGACAUGCAGUUCAUCAAAGACAGCCGCCAGCACUACGAGAUGGAGUACCGCCACCGAGCCGCCAACCUAGAGAAGAGCAUGUCCCAGCUGUGGCGGAUGGAGCGCAAGAGGGACAAGAACGCACGGGAGAUGAAGGAGAGCGUGAACCGGCUGCACGCUCAGAUGCAGGCCUUCGUGUCUGAGAGUCAGCGGGCGGCUGAACUGGAGGAGAAACGACGCUACCGCUUCCUGGCCGAGAAGCACCUGCUACUUUCCAACACCUUCCUGCAGUUUUUUGGCCGGGCCCGGGGGAUGCUCCAGAACCGCGUGCUGCUGUGGAAGGAACAGUCGGAGGCCAGCCGCAGCCCGUCGCGCGCCCACUCCCCGGGCCUGCUGGGCCCCGUACUGGGGCCGCCCUACCCUUCGGGCCGCCUGACGCCCACCCGCCUGGACAUGCCCCAGAGGCCCCUGGGAGAGUUCGGCUCCCCCCGCAGCCGGCACGGCUCCGGCUCCUACGGCCCCGAGCCAGCCGAGGCGAGGUCCGCGUCCCAGCUGGAGCCAGACCACCGCCGGUCCCUGCCCCGGACGCCGUCCGCCUCCUCGCUCUACAGCAGCAGCACCCAGCGCUCGCGCUCCAACUCCGGCGAGCGCCCGGGCGGCGGGGGCGGCGGCGGUGCCCGGAGAGUCCGCGCUUUGGUCUCGCACUCGGAGGGCGCCAACCACACGCUGCUGCGCUUCUCAGCCGGAGACGUCGUGGAGGUGCUGGUGCCGGAAGCCCAGAACGGCUGGCUCUAUGGCAAGCUGGAGGGUUCAUCCUCGAGCGGCUGGUUCCCUGAGGCCUAUGUGAAGCCUUUGGAAGAGCUGCCCAUGAAUCCCAUGAACCCCUUGAACCCAGUGACCUCCAUGAAUCCCACAAACCCCUUGAACCUGGUGACCUCCAUGAACCCCAGGAGCCCUGUGAAUGAGCUGCCUUCUAGGUCCUACCCGCUCCGGGGUAGCCACAGCCUUGAUGACCUCUUGGACCGGCCAGGCAACUCCACAGCAUCUUCAGACUACUGGGAUGGCCAGUCCCGCUCCCGAACCCCAAGCCGGGUCCCGAGCCGCACCCCUAGCCCUGCACCUACACCCUUGCCUGGCAGCCGCCGAAGUAGCAUGGGCAGCAUGGGGGUGGCCAGUGAUGUCAAGAAACUCACGUCCUGGGAGCAGCAACCCCCAGAGCUCUUCCCUCGUGGUACGAACCCCUUUGCUACCGUCAAGCUGCGUCCCACCGUCACCAAUGACCGCUCAGCACCCCUCAUCCGCUGA